AUCAUAAUCCAAUUCUGCCACGCACCCGCCUUCUCCGCCAGAAGAUGAACAAUAAAUAAAGAAACACAUCGAGCAUGGACAACGACUGGUCUGUAGACUACCAUUGUCCUCUUUCGUGAACCAGCAGACUGACAACCAGUGUUUCUAAAACUAAAACAAAAACAAAAAAUAGAGAAAGUUAAUUACUGCCGAGAGAUCAUUAAGGCUUUGUAUUUCAGGUCUGUAGUUUGGUUAUCCCGUAGAUUCCAAGUGGACAACGAAUCCAAACUACAUAUCGAAAAUAACAGAAGCAGGUCCAUCGAAAUACAUAGAUUUUAAAGAUGAUGAAUUCGAAGAUACUAUUGGAGAAAGAAGAAAUAAGGCUGAUUCAAUUGCGAUGAAAGAACAACAAAAAUAUCGCGUUGCCAGGUUUACUGAGACAUAUUCAGAUGCUCCCAGUCCAAGCUGUACUGCUGCUAAGAGUACUAAUUUGCUUGGAACCAAAUCUUUUGAUGACUUGCCGGAGGAUAUGGUUGCAACAAUACUGGAAAAGCAUCCAGCGAAGGAUAUCUACCAUGGACGAUUUGUUUGUAAGGCUUGGGACUCGAUCAUAACAACUCAUUCAGGUUUCCGAUCCGCCUUCAAUGAAUACUUUAACAAAUUUCAGCGACGUCCAUGGUUCUUACUCUUGGAUCAAGAGAAAUCAUCGUUAGGGCUCCGACCUGACGCAGUAUAUAACGUGGAAGCAGAUGCCCCAGCUGGUGCAUGGUGCCAAAUAAAACUCAAAAUUCCGGUACCAACGUCAACAACAACUACAACAAGAACACACAACGUUGUCAUUUCAUCUGGUGGACUGAUGUGUGCAUGGACUAAGGAACUCUCUUUCGACUAAGAUCCAUUGCCCAAUUUUAACAGCCGAUGCAACCUAGUAUGGGUGCGCACGAUCCGAAUCGGUUCCGUUUUGCCACUGACGUGACAGUACUUCUUUUUGAAUUUUAAAUUAGUUAAGGGACAUUCGAAGAAACAAACCCCAUAAGUCACUGAUUCCUCCAUUAUUAGUUUAUUACCUACCAAUAAGAAAGAAGUACAUGACGAAGAAUAUAGCCAACGCCAACAACCUAAAUUAUGACUUCCUUUCAUAAUUUAUUGAUCGAAACACAAAAACAAUCCUCAUUUUAUAUCUUUUUCUCUGAAAUUUGUAAAGCGCCACAUAAACUAGCUAGCUAGUUAGUCAUGGGGAGAGAAAGACCAUUGGACCAAGAUGAUGAUCAUGAUCAGGUUCCACUUCUAGAAUACCAACAUGCACCACCGCGAUCGCCACCACCUUCUUCAGAUCACUUCAAGAGAACUGGGAGUUACUGGACAGCAAUAGCGCAUGUAAUAACAGCGGUUAUAGGUUCAGGAGUACUUUCAUUGGCAUGGAGCACUGCUCAGCUUGGAUGGAUAGCAGGACCCAUAGCUCUGCUUAGUCUAGCAGGGAUUACAGUUGUAUCUGUUUUCCUCUUAUCCGACUGCUACAGAUCACCUGAUCCUGAAUUUGGUGUUAUCAGGAAUGGUUCCUACACCAAGGCUGUCAAGUUUUAUCUAGGAAAGAAGAGUCUAUUAUGGUGCGGGGUAAUCUUACAAACGAACUUCUUUGGUAAUGACAUUGCCUAUGUCAUGACUGCCGCCAACAGCAUGAGAGCGAUUCAUAUAUCGAAUUGUUAUCACUACAAAGGCCAUGAGGCUCCAUGUGAUCAUGGAGUUACAUUUUAUAUGCUUGUUUUCGGAGCUAGUCAGAUCGUGUUUUCUCAGAUACCAAAUUUCCAUGACAUGGAAUGGCUCUCCAUAAUCGCAGCAAUCAUGUCAUUUUGUUACGCCUCAGUUGGAUUUUCUCUUGGCUUUGCCAAAGUAAUUGAAAAUGGAACUAUUAAGGGAAGCAUUGGGGGGAUUCCCCAAGCUACGGUAGCUAAGAAAGUAUGGAAGGUCUGUCAAGCACUUGGAGACAUUGCUUUUGCCUAUCCAUUCUCCACAAUUCUUCUUGAGAUACAGGAUACUCUGAGGUCGCCGCCGGCAGAAAACAAAACUAUGAAGAAAGCAUCUCUGUCAGCAGUCUUCAUAACCACCUUCUUCUAUUUCUGCUGUGGAAGCUUCGGGUAUGCAGCAUUUGGGAACCAAACUCCUGGAAACCUUUUGACGGGGUUUGGGUUCUACGAACCAUACUGGCUUAUCGACUUUGCUAAUGUUUGCGUCAUUAUUCAUUUAGUGGGAGGAUAUCAGAUGUUCUGCCAGCCCGUCUUUGCAUUUAUGGAAGCAUGGCUAGCAGAGAAGUACCCCAACAAUGGGUUUAUUAACAAAUCCUACACCUUCAAAGUCCCUUUGCUUCCAAGUCUCAAUCUGAGUCCUUUCAGGCUGUGCACUCGAACUUUUUACGUUGCUACAACAACAGGAAUUGCAAUAACAUUUCCAUACUUCAACCAAGUUUUGGGAGUAAUGGGUUCCUUGACCUUUUGGCCCUUGAUCAUAUAUUUCCCAGUGCAGAUGUACUUUGUGCAGCUGAAGGUUGUGGCAUGGACACGAAAGUGGGUUAUUCUUCAAACGUUCAGCACUGUUUGUUUGAUUAUCAGUACAACUGCGUUAAUUGGAUCGAUUGAAGGCAUUAUAAGUGCCAAACUAGAGUAGAUACCUUGGUUAUUUUCAUGUCCGGCCAAAGGGGAUGUAAUAUCAUAUGGUGUUCUUUCUUGGUCUUGACACCAUGAAACAUGCAUAUGUCGUGUUAUUUUCAAAGUAUAAAGUUUUAAAAAAAACAA